GUACGUUUCGACAGCCUCCAGUUCUCUUUAGUGUUUGCCAAUGUUGGAGGUGUAACUGGGGUCUGGCCCUGAACAAAGGAAUAGAGCAUGGCUCAAGUAAAAGUACAGACCUCAGCACCCCAGGCUGGCCCUGGCCUCUCCUCUGGAGGUCCUUUGGCACCCAUGGCCAGCCCAGGAUCACUGGGUCUGCAGCCCUCUGUCAACGGUACAGGCCCGUCCCCCACACCCGCCUGCCCCGCUCCUGCAGCUGGAUAUGGGGACGCUCCUGUGUCUGCCACACCACCAGGUUCGCCCGAGGAGAACAUGGCAAACCCUAAAGAGAAAACUCCAAUGUGUUUGGUGAAUGAGUUAGCCCGUUUCAACCGCAUCCAGCCGCAGUACAAGCUCCUCAAUGAGAGAGGACCUGCACAUGCUAAGCUCUUCACGGUGCAGUUAACUCUUGGGGAGCAAGUCUGGGAGGCAGAGGGUUCCAGCAUUAAAAAGGCCCAGCAUUCCACAGCCUCCAAAGCUCUGGAGGAGAGUUCCCUUCCCAGGCCAAUUGCCCGUUCACCUAAAGUGGACAUUAACAGCAAUCCAGGCAGUAUAACACCAACGGUGGAGCUCAACGGUUUGGCAAUGAAGAGAGGUGAGCCGGCCAUCUAUAGGCCUUUGGAUCCCAAGCCCAUGCCCAACUACAGAGCUUGCUACAACUUCAGAGGCAUAUUUAACCAAAGGUACCAUUACCCUAUUCUCAAGAUCUUCCAUGUACAGCUCUCUGUCGGGAGUCACGAGUUCAUUGGGGAGGGGCGCACUCGCCAGGCUGCCAGACACAACGCUGCCAUGAAGGCCCUGCAAGCCCUCCGCAAUGAACCCAUUCCAGAAAGACCACCGCAGGACCCAAAAGAAAAUGUGGAGAGCGAGGAAGGCGCCGAUGCCAGCAAAUCCGAGAUCAGCCUGGUCUACGAGAUUGCUCUGAAGAGGAACUUGACCGUCAAUUUCGAGGUGUUGAAGGAGAGCGGACCCCCACACAUGAAAAGCUUCCUGACCCGUGUCACCGUUGGGGAAUUUUCAGCCGAGGGUGAGGGCAACAGCAAAAAGCUGUCCAAGAAGCGUGCCGCUAUUUCCAUCCUGCAGGACUUGAAGAAACUACCCUUCAUUCCGGUUGUGGAGAAACCCAAAACGCACUACAAAAAGCGCACCAAGACCAUCCUCAAGACAGGACCAGACUAUGGCCAGGGCAUGAACCCGAUCAGCCGCCUGGCCCAGAUCCAACAGGCCAAGAAGGAGAAAGAGCCUGAGUAUUUGCUGCUUUCAGAGAGAGGGAUGCCCCGACGCAGGGAGUUUAUCAUGCAGGUGAAGGUGAACAGCGAGGUUGCCACGGGAACAGGGCCGAACAAAAAGGUGGCUAAACGGAACGCUGCUGAGGCAAUGCUGCUGCAGCUGGGAUACAAAGCCUCCACAAUCUCUCAAAAUCCCACAGAGAUGGACAACAAAGGCUGGAAUGGACAAAAGGCGUCUUUUACCGAAGCGACGAAUAACACCCAGAAAGGUCUUCUCCACCUCAGCCCUGAUGUCUACCAGGAGAUGGAGGCUAGCCGGAAACAGGGAAGUGGCUCCCCAGGCCCCAACAGCAGCAACUACAUGGCCCCGAAAGACAUGGGCCCUUGCACCACCCCGCUACCCCCAGGACACACUCCAUAUUUCAGCAGUUCACCCCCCACUCCUAACACGACAGCCACCAUGGCCAGAGAGUUGCUGCUAAACGGGCAGUCGCCCAUGGCCGAUGCCACGCUGCAAGGAAAGGGGAAGACCUGUGGUGUCUCCGUGCAACCCGCACAACAGCUGGAGUACUUGGCUCGCAUCCAGGGUUUCCAGGUGCAGUACAGUGAUGCGCAGAGCGGCAAGGAUUUUGUGACCUAUCUGACCCUCUCUCCUGUGCAAAUGACUUUCCACGGCACCGGGAGCACCCUCCAAGCUAGCCAUGACCAGGCUGCUCUAAGUGCCUUGAAACAGCUGUCUGAGCAGGGACUGGACCCGGUGGAAGGCCCUGUCAAGAGCACCGAAGCCUGCGGGAGGGACGACGGACAUUAAACAGACUAACUCAGGCACCACCACUCAGGUCUGCACGGAUUCAAAGGCUGUCGUCCAGGAGCUGACACCCAACCCCACCCCCCUUUCUGUCGGGCACACAGCCCCUAACCACCCCUCUGCCUGAGCCCGAAAUGUAACUAAUCAAGCACCGCGCACAUACAAACCCAUCCAACCUUACCUUUUCCUUUACCGCUUUACCCCACGAUAGCCAGUGUAUCCUGCAUCACCUGUCAACAUGCAAUAGAGUGGAGGUGCAGCAAGAAGCGAGCCCCAUUACCUGAGUCUAUGUGAAGACAACACUAUCUCCACACAUGAAUGAUGAGUUCAGUCUUGGUUUGGGUAGGAAAAAAAAAUCAAUUUCAAGCGAUAUGCAUGGUAAGGUGAAUCCAACACUGACAAUUCCCACAAGAUUCCUGUUUGUUGGUAUGGUUAAAGCAAAUAUGUACAUCUUGCCAUUGAAAUACAAAAGAAACAUUUUAGAUGAGCGGAACCAACUUGUAGCUUAUUUGUUUCGGGGUAUUAUGUUUCUAUUUCAUUUAUUCUGUUCUUUUCUUAAUCUAACAAUGCUUGAGUACUGUAUUUAAAAUUAACCAAUGCCAGUGCUGUGAAAGUUCUAGUCGUUGUCUUCAUAUAUAGUCACCUAGCUUACCUUGUAUGCUGACUUAAAAAAAAAAAAAAAAAAAAAAAAGAGCAGAAAAAAAAGAGUUCA